AGGCGCCGCCGCCGCCCAGGCUCGAGCGCGGAGCCCUCCCAGCUGCUGCUCUGGAGCCGGACCGCGGCGCCGAGCAACAGGAGCCUCUGCAUCUCGCCUAGGCCGGCGGCGCCCGAUGCAGCUGCAGCUCCCGCCGCGGCCUGGAGGUGCCUCCCGAGGCCGCCGCCGGGCCGCUGGGAAGUAGCCUGGUCUGCCUCGCCGCUGCCCGCUCCCCGUCCUCCUCCUCCUCGUCGUCCUCCUCCUCCCCGCGCGGCCUUGCAGCAGGAGCCGGCGGAGCUGAGCAUGGCUCGGGCGCUGCUGGGGCUGCUGCUGUGCUUGGGCUCAGGAGUGGCGCGAGGCCCCGUCCAGGCUCCCGUCGGGCUCCGGCUGCCCUUGCGGAGCGCGCCGAUCCAGCCGCGGGCGCCGCGCUCGGCCGACGAGCAGGACGAGCCUCGCCCCGGCGGCGGCGGCGGCGUCUUCGCCGACAUGCUGGACAACCUGCGAGGCAAGUCCGGGCAGGGCUACUACGUGGAGAUGACGGUGGGGAGCCCCCCGCAGAAGCUGAAUAUCUUGGUGGACACAGGGAGCAGUAACUUUGCCGUGGGUGCAGCACCUCAUCCUUUCCUCAGGCGGUACUACCGCCGCCAGCUCUCUGGUACGUACCGGGACUUGAGGAAAGGAGUCUACGUGCCAUACACACAGGGCAAGUGGGAAGGCGAGCUCGGCACUGACCUGGUGACCAUCCCCCACGGCCCAAACGUCACCGUCCGCGCCAACAUUGCUGCCAUCACCGAGUCGGACAAGUUUUUCAUCAACGGGUCCAACUGGGAAGGGAUCCUGGGCCUGGCGUAUGCGGAGAUUGCCCGGCCUGAUGACACCCUGGAGCCUUUCUUCGACUCACUGGUGAAGCAAACCCAGGUCCCCAACCUCUUCUCCCUGCAGCUGUGUGGAGCCGGCUUCCCGCCCAACGUCUCGGACGCCCUGGCUUCUGUGGGGGGCAGCAUGAUCAUUGGAGGCAUCGACCCGUCCCUCUACGUGGGCAGCAUAUGGUACACCCCGAUUCGGAAAGAGUGGUACUACGAGGUCAUCAUUGUCAGGAUAGAGAUAAACGGGCAGGACCUGCAGAUGGACUGCAAGGAGUACAACUAUGACAAGAGCAUCGUGGACAGCGGCACCACCAACCUCCGCCUUCCCAAGAAAGUCUUUGAGGCAGCAGUGAAGUCCAUAAAGACAGCUUCCUCGACAGAGAAGUUCCCCGAUGGCUUCUGGCUUGGGGAGCAGCUGGUUUGCUGGCAAGUGGGCACCACCCCCUGGCACAUCUUCCCGGUCAUCUCUCUCUACCUGAUGGGCGAGACCACCAACCAGUCUUUCCGGAUCAGCAUCCUGCCACAGCAAUACCUGCGGCCUGUCGAGGACGUGGCCACGUCUCAGGAUGAAUGCUACAAGUUCGCCAUCUCCCAGUCGUCCACGGGCACCGUCAUGGGCGCUGUCAUCAUGGAGGGCUUCUACGUGGUCUUUGAUCGGGCUCGCAAGCGCAUUGGCUUUGCAGUCAGUGCCUGCCAUGGCUUCAGUGCACGACGAGUUCCGCACGGCCGCUGUGGACGGCCCCUUCCUUCACUCCAACAUGGAGGACUGUGGCUACAACAUCCCCCAGACGGACGAGUCCACGCUGAUGACCAUCGCCUACGUCAUGGCGGCCAUCUGCGCCCUCUUCAUGCUCCCCCUCUGCCUCAUGGUGUCCCAGUGGCGCUGCCUGCGCUGCCUGCGCCGGGGCCACGACGACUUUGCCGAUGACAUCUCCUUGCUCAAGUGAGCGCUCUUGUCUCCCCACCCUCAGGCCCGUGCCGGCAGCCGGGGGGGGGCACAGCUGCCGGGAGCCACAAACUCCUCCCACCCCCUUCCACCUCUGCCGUGUGCGGGGCUGCAGCUGCCUCGGGGCCACCUGCGAGCGGGGGACUGGCCGGCUGCACCAAAAGCGGCAGAAGAUGCGCAACCUUUUCCUCCCUCCUUGCCGUGGUUUGUAGGAUGGCAGCUUAUGGAGGUUCCUUCUGCUGCCCGCCUGGUGGGCGAGAGAGGCCUACUGUCGCAGUGCAAGGAAGAGAAGCAGGAACCCUGGGGCGGCCUGGUUGCUCAGCUCAGGAGGGGCCCAGAGCUAUUUCCCACCUCAGGGCUUCAUGGCUGUUUCCCCCGUUUUGCUCGUGUGUGACGAUGGGACUACUUGUGAGGUCUCACGACCUGUAAAGGCUUUGCUGAAAAGGGCAGUGGGGAUGGAUGGACCCCAAAGUGUUUCUUCUGUGUAGCGCCGAUGAGAGUGGCUGUCAUUUCUUAAAGGGUUUGUGUGCGUUUCUCUCUAAAAUAUAUAUAUAUAUAGAUAUAUAUAUAAAUAUAUGUAACUUAUACAAUGGUAAACUGAAGGAGGGGGAAUGUGUCCCCGCCCCACUCAGGGAGCAUUUGGGCUCCUUCUCAGCCCUUCACUGGCCGCACUUCUUUCAAGGACCCCCCCCCCCCCCGAUAGGAUCUGGGGGCAAGGCCAGCUGUGACACAUGGACACAUGUCCGUCUCAAGGUGAGGGUUCCAUUUUGUUAACCGUGCAAAUUGGAGGGAGGAUUCCUGCCUCUGGUAGUGGACGGGCCUUGAUGGUCCCUUUUUAAUCCCAGGCAUCAAAAAGGCUUUCAGGAGUCAAAAAGAGUUUUGUAGCCAUUGAUGAGAAGGAACAGCUGCCUCUUCCCUCCUCAAGGCUGUCUAGCUCCCUUUCCUAGCUGCUUCCCUGGAGAAGCUCUUUCUCUUCAAGGAGCAGCCCACCCCCUACGGAGCCUCUCUUGAUGGGCAUCUCACUCCUCCCUGUUCCUCGCCUCCUUCAUGAGCAGGACUCUGGGGUGGCAGAACUCAGUGGAGUUCUGCAGGACCUGCCCAUCGUUGGGAGUCAGCCCUCUUUGUGUACCAGGGCUGAUGGGAAUUGUUGUCCACCUGGAGGGCACCAAUCUGGGGAGGAUGGUUUUAUGCAGACAUCCAUCACACCUGGAGCCAUGUGUGACUCACUUGGGUUUAGCAAGCCUCCAGGGGACUCAUCACCCCCACAUCCACCCUGCCUCCUCCCUUUUCCCCUGUUCCAUCCUCCAGUGUUUUCCUUGUGGCUUCUUCUUCGUUGUUAAGUCCUGCUGGUUGGGCAAUGGUAGCUGUGGAGGUGCAGUGAGCCAGAUCUGGGGCCAGCUGGAUUGUGCUGUGAUCCCUUCUCUUGGGGGUUCCAAACUUAUUCUGCAAGGAAACAGGACCCCCCCUUCCCUGUUACAGUCUGAACAUGGUUCAGGAGUUUGGGCUGUCCAUUGCCACAGAUAUUUUGAGCUCAUUUCAUCAUCACCUGCUGAGCAUCCUUGGGACAACUGCUGAUAGCCAGGUGCUGCCUCUGCAGCCGCCGUUGUCGCCUGAGCAUCACUGAACCUAGGAAGCUGCCUUCUGCCAAGGGAGGCUACCGGUCCAUCUAGCCCCGUAUCAUCCAACAUGAGCCUCCCCCAAGGUGGUGCCCUCCAAUUGUUUUUGGACUACAACUCCCAUUAGCCCUAGCUGUGUGAUGCUGGGAGAAGGGAGCACAGCUGUGCUUGGCUGGGAAGGAUGGAGGUUGUAGUCGAAAACACCAGGCAAGUGCCAGCCUCAAGAGAGGCUGCUCUGCCCCUGGUUGGCAGCAGUUCAGGCGCUGGUCUCUCCUUGCCUUACCUGGAGAGGUUGAGGAUGGUACUUUGGACCAGUGGCCUGGAGGCAGCUGCUCAGGUGCCUGGCUUGCCCGCCUCGCAAUUGGAUGGAUGCAGCCUCCCUAUGACUUGCUUCCCAGAAGGAGAGCAGGCAGGAGGCCAGGCUUUCCUUCAGGAAAUCUAGCCCUGCAUCACGCCACCAUAGGAAUUACCCUUCCCCCGCUCCCACACCAUUUGCUUGGUGGUAGAUGUCCCACCGGGAGAGUUGCCUCUGCCUAGGACAAAUGGCUGUGCCUUGCCCUUGUUGCUGGCUGGGUAGAGCAGAAGCUUUUGGGGAGGCUGGCACGGAGCAGCCUGGAGUCACAGCAGCAGACCUCCUAACUCUGCCCUGCCUGGGCUCUCAAGGGUAUGAAGGGGUUGGGGCACAUUCCUCCUGCUAGGAUGUCCACCAGGGCUUCCUGGAGCCUCUGUUGGGAUGGGUUGGCGUUGCUGCUUACUCUUUCUGGGGGUGUUCAUUCAGGGGUCCACACCUUUGCCUGCCACACUGGCAAGAGGCAGCUAGCGAGGAAUUGCCCCAGCUCCAGGAAAGACAGGGGACCAAGAAGCACUUGGCGGUCAGCUGCUACUCAGCCACCAAAGCCAUAGACGGGGAGGCUGCCUCUGCCUGGCAUUGCUCGGAAGAGACAAACUUCUGCCACUGAAGUGUGUGUGUGUGUGUGUGUGUGUGUGUGUGUGUUGCUCAGUUGAUCCGAAGGUUGCAAGAGGCUGUGGCUUUAUCCUCUCUCCCCUUCCAACGACACAUGUCCAUUGUUUUCAAAUACACGUAUGUGUGUGUGUGUGUAUAUAUAUAUAUAUGUUGGCUGUUCUUGAAAUUGUUAUUUUCCAAAAACCUUUUUGCAUAGUCGCAGGGCUAUUUCUGCAGUGUGGACGGAGGUAGCUGCCUUCUGCUUGCUAGAAUGCCAGAUGCCAUCUGCUUGUACAAUAUUCUGUAAAUAUUUGUAAUACUGGCUCCCAAAUCCUCCCAGUUUUAUCUCAAAUGGAAGUGGAGGAGAAAGGAGCUAAGUGACCCUUUUUAUUUUUGUAAAUGUCUGGUUCCUUUUAAA